AUGAGCAGCGAAGCUCACCACGCCAUCAUCGACCCGCUCAUUGAGCUCUCCCCAGCGGAGGAGACUGGACCCGGCACGCACUUUAGAUCAACCUUCGCGCCCAUCACUCCAACUGCGACCCCUCCCCCUUCCGCAGCGCCUAAGCAUGGUUCUCCCGUCCAGAUCCGCGAGCAAACGACUGGCAGCUCCGUCCUGAGCUCCAACAACCCCUUCCGCGACCAACCUCCCAAAACUAAGAACGUCACAAUUGUCGAGACUCGCCGUCCCUCCAGCAGCAGCCGUGACAACUACCCUACACCUCCCACAACUGCUAGCCCCCGCGGCGAGAGAUUCCCCACUUACCGCGAAGAUGCCUUCUCAGGCUACAACGACGGCCGCCGCCGCAGCUCCGGCCAGGGCUCACCCGUCGCAGAACCCAGCAAUGGCCGCCGAAGGGGCAGCUCCCUGACGGAACGCUUCCCAGGCGACACGUCUCACCGGCCGCUCGACAUAAUCAAGAAAGAUAGCAAAGCCGCCAACCGCGCCCCCCACCUCCAGAAGCGCCACAUCCCCGGCGCGGACAUGGUCGACAAGCUUGACGCCGCGCCCGUUGGACAGACCUACCACCACGGAGGCCCGUACGACGCGGCUCUGCUUGCACGCAAUACCUCGUUCACCUCUAGCCCUGUCGCAGCAGUCGCGGAGACGAACCACGAAGCGCUCAAAGCCACGUCGCCGGAGAACAUUCAGGACUCGCUUGAACGUCACAGGCCGCUGGACGGUGUCGCAGCCGUGCCGCCAGGGAUGAAGGACGAGUUUGGUCGGACGUACGAGUACGAAGAGGGGACGGACAUGAUGCGUGAUCUCGGCGGGAACUACAAGCGUUGGCCUGGCGUCGACUACCACCCCGAUGACCUCAAGGGCAAAGGCGAGCCCUCUUAUACGAUUGAUAAGCAGCUGAAAGAACACAAGGCACACGAAAACACCUACGGCGAGAGCGGCGUUGCAGGCGAAAGCUCUGGGAUUGAGAUGACGAGCCGGCCGAGAAACAAGUCGGUCAGCCACGCCGAGUCGACGGGGGCUACGGACUAUCAGUACCAGCGUGUGUACGAGGAAGAACAGGCAGGAGCGAGUGUCGGCCGCACGAGGGGCAACAGCGUUACUGAAGGACUCAAGAAGAGGCUGGGAAGUUUGAGGAGGAAGAACAAGGAUUGA